CAACCUCAGCCCUCAUUCCGGCAGUUAUCAUGCAACAUACAGUUCAGGUGUGGUUUGGAGAUGAUUUACCUGUCAGUCCACGCAGUCCACUGACUCCAAGGCAUGGCCCUGGCCUGGCUGAUGUGUUACUAUAUGACCAAUGGAUAUCUGUCCGACAUGAAGCAACUUUGAUUCCUAUGCAAGAGGAUCUGGCUAUCUGGCUAUCUGGCUUAUUAGGUAUUGAACUAAAAGCAGAGCAUUUAUUGGAAGAACUUGAUAACGGGGUACUGCUAUGCAUUUUGAUUGGAGUUAUUCAAAGCAUUGUUAAAAGUAACUCAAAUGAUUUAAAAAAUUUCCCUCUGAGAAAAGUCCCCUGUAAAAAAGAUGCUCCAUCAGGAUCUUUCUUUGCCAGAGAUAACACAGCGAACUUUCUGAAUUGGUGUAGGUGCAUUGGAGUGGAUGAGACUUAUCUUUUUGAAUCUGAAGGCUUAGUGCUGCAUAAAAACCCAAGACAAGUGUACCUUUGCUUACUGGAAAUUGGUCGGAUUGUAUCAAGACAUGGAGUGGAACCACCAGUAUUAGUAAAGUUAGAGAAGGAAAUUGAAUUGGAAGAAACUUUGUUGAUGUCCUCUGAUAGUAUAGCCCCUAUAGUUUCCUACAAAUCGUGCUGUCAGCAUGGAGAAUUACAUGAAGCAGUUAAGCAUAUUGCUGAAGAUCCUCCUUGUAGCUGCUCUCAUAGAUUUUCAAUUGAGUAUUUGUCUGAAGGGCGCUAUAGAUUGGGAGACAAAAUUCUGUUCAUUCGAAUGUUACAUGGCAAACAUGUGAUGGUACGUGUUGGUGGAGGAUGGGAUACUCUUCAAGGUUUUCUUCUCAAAUAUGAUCCUUGUCGAAUGCUUCAGUUUGCAACGUUGGAACAAAAGAUUUUGUCAUUUCAAAAAGGUGCAUCUGGUGAUACGGUUUCUGAUUCAUCUGCUAAACCCCCACAGCCUCCACCCAUGAAUCCCAUCUCUGCCAUUGAUGCAUACCAUAAACAAAGUUCAAAGCUCUCUACUAUGGUUUCUGUUUCAAAAAACCCUCGUGUAGGUAAUAGGAAACAGGAAGGGUGUAAGUUGUCCCAACCAACAGUUCUUUCUUCUUCAGAAGCAGCAAAGCAUUUGUUACCUACAGACCAGUUGACAAGAAACCAGACCAAAUUAAAAGAUUCAUCCGUAAAUAAUGUUCAGCCAUUUUCCAAAGCAUCAAAACCCGUUUCAAAAAAGCCAGCACCACCUCACAACCCUACAUCUGUUUCAAAAUAUAGACAAACUGUAAGUAAGUGCUCAUCAUCAGCUCAGGGAAGAACUGCUUUAACACCAUCAGCAUCUCUUCAGAAAUGUGCUGCAUCAUCUUUCAAGUCUGCAUGUUCCCAAAACUCUCCAACUGUACAACAUUCUACUCUAAGUUGUUCAAACAAUAAACUUUCCAGGUUGCCUGAAACAGCUACAAGGGUAGGCUCCCUAGAAGAACAUCAUUCUCCUAAUAAUGCAGCUGGGCUCAAAAAUGUAGCCAAAUGUAAGCCUCUUUCAAAAACCUCAGCAAAAUCGGCAAAGACAAUUAAUAGAAAUUUACAUGUGUCUAAGCCAUCUUCCCCUCAAACAUCUUCUACAAUGCCUACAAAAAUAAUUUCCCAAAAUAGUAGUCAAACAUUACCCACACAGUUUUACUCACACAGAGGGAAAUUGGAAACUAAACAAACCAAACAGAAAACUGCUCUUAGCCCCAAAAGUUCGAAUUCUUCUCUUACAAAUGAUAAAACAACUGAGCAGACAUCUACAUUAGAUGUAAAGAGUAAAAAUUCAUUUUCAUCUGUUAAUAAUAAUUCUUCAGCCAAGAAGAGACCAGUUCAAAAUAGCAGGAUGAAAAUACAGGUAACAACUGAUGCAACAACACAUUCUGAUCGUAUGCCAUUAUCUAUUGUGCGUCUUCCUCAAACCUCGACCAUAAGGAAAAAGACAGUCAAAAGUCAGGCACAGGUCAAAGUCUCCCAGAAGAAUGAUAAAGGCCUGGAUUCAACCACUAAGGAUCCCAUUUUAAAAGGAAAAGCUACAACUGUUCCAACUAAAGGGACACAGAUUAGGUUAAACGGUUCCACAGUAAAGUCAAAACAGGAUGAUGAUUACUUUGUUGUGACAGGGAAUAAGAAACUCAGAAAGUAAAGUACCCAGAAUUUUCAAAAGGCCACCUUAUGCUUGGGACCUUAACAUUAAAUAACAAUACAAUAAUUUGAAUGCUAAUUGUCUUGGAACAGGAAAGUUUAAAAUGUUUCCUAGUCCCCAUAAGUGCAAUAGUUGACUGAUUACAAAUAGGCACUUUAUCACAAUCUGAAUUAUAAAUAUUUUGAGAUCUAUUUCUCACAUUGAUAUUAAGAUGGUAAGGCUGCUCCCAAUAGGUCAUUUAUUGCUCAGUUUUAUGUGGCAAAUAUCUCUUAAUGAAUUGUAAGGUGGUGUUUACCAUCUCCAAGGAAAAAUACUGCAUAGUAAAUUGGCUGUAUUAUUAGUUACAUCUCCCAGAAAAAAAUGAUAUCUUCAGAUAAUAUAGUUGUUGACUCUACCAUGAAUAUUGUUUUUUGGUAAGGGCUUUGGUCAAACAUGAGAAUUGGUGUUUACUACUGUUAUAUGUGCAUACUACUAAGUAGAAAAGCAACUGUCAAAUAGCCUUGAGUUAAGAAUAACUCCAAAUAUCUAUAAUGCUAAAUUUUAUUUAA